AUCGGCAUCCGUCGUGUAAACAAUUUAAUAAUGGCGGCUAAAAAGAAAAUUGAUGGCCAAAUUCCACCUGAGGAAACUGAUCUUUUAGUUAUUAAACCUCUAGGUGCUGGUCAAGAAGUAGGUCGUUCAUGCAUAACUUUAGAAUUCAAAGGGAAAAAAAUUAUGCUUGAUUGUGGUAUCCAUCCAGGCUUGUCUGGUAUCGAUGCAUUACCUUUCGUUGACAAUAUUGAAGCAGACGAAAUAGAUCUACUGUUGAUAAGUCAUUUCCAUUUAGAUCAUUGUGGAGCAUUGCCAUGGUUUUUACUUAAAACCCCUUUCAAGGGCCGAUGUUUCAUGACUCAUGCUACAAAAGCUAUAUACCGUUACUUGCUAGCUGAUUACAUCAAAGUUAGCAAUAUCGGUACAGAACAAAUGUUGUAUACCGAAACAGAUUUAGAAGCUAGUAUGGAAAAAAUUGAAACUAUCAAUUUUCAUGAAGAAAAAGAAGUUAAUGGAGUGCGAUUUUGGUGUUAUAAUGCAGGGCAUGUACUUGGUGCUGCUAUGUUUAUGCUUGAAAUAGCGGGUGUGAAAGUUUUAUAUACUGGAGAUUUUUCUAGACAAGAAGACCGGCAUCUGAUGGCAGCAGAAAUACCAACCCUUCAACCUGAUGUUCUUAUCAUAGAAUCUACUUAUGGUACUCAUAUUCAUGAGAAAAGGGAUGAGCGAGAAGCACGUUUUACUGGCCUUGUUCAUGAUAUUGUAAACCGUGGAGGAAGAUGUCUUAUCCCUGUGUUUGCUCUCGGCAGAGCUCAAGAGUUAUUGUUAAUCUUAGAUGAAUAUUGGUCAAAUCAUCCUGAAUUGCAUGAUAUUCCUAUUUAUUAUGCAUCUUCAUUGGCUAAAAAAUGCAUGGCAGUAUAUCAAACAUACAUAAAUGCUAUGAAUGAGAAAAUUCGUAGACAGAUAGCUAUUAAUAACCCAUUUGUGUUUAAACACAUUUCUAAUUUGAAAAGCAUUGAUCAUUUUGAUGAUAUUGGGCCUUGUGUUGUGAUGGCAAGUCCAGGUAUGAUGCAGAGUGGUUUAUCUCGUGAACUUUUUGAAAGUUGGUGCACAGACUCAAAAAAUGGUGUAAUAAUUGCUGGUUAUUGUGUUGAAGGAACCUUGGCAAAACAUAUUCUUUCAGAACCAGAAGAAAUUGCUACUAUGACUGGCCAAAAACUGCCUCUCAAAAUGUCUGUGGACUAUAUAUCAUUUUCAGCUCAUACUGAUUAUCAACAAACCAGUGAAUUCAUUAGAAUCUUAAAACCACCCCAUAUAGUUCUUGUUCAUGGUGAACAAAAUGAAAUGGGACGUCUUAAAGCUGCUAUUAUUAGAGAAUAUGAGGAUGAUCCAGAUGUUCAUAUUGAGGUUUACAAUCCACGGAAUGCUCAAGCUGUUGAACUAUAUUUUAGAGGUGAAAAAACUACAAAAGUAAUGGGCUCGCUUGCUGUUAAACCACCCAUUGCUGGUCGCUCAUUAUCUGGGGUGUUAGUAAAGAGAAAUUUCAGCUAUCAUUUAUUGGCUCCAUCUGAUCUUUCUAAAUACACCGAUAUGGUAAUGAGUACUGUAAGUCAGCGUCUUAGUGUACCAUACUCUGGUACUUUACAGGUGCUUCACUUCUUCCUUAAUCAAAUUUCUGGAGAUGCUAAGAUUAUUCCUGAUUAUAAAAAGUUUGGUGGUAAGAUGAUACUGCUGGUAUUUGAUACAAUAACUAUCUUUCAAGAAGCUACAGCAGUUAUUAUGGAAUGGACUGCCAGCCCUAUCAAUGAUAUGUAUGCGGAUGCAGUUGUUGCAGCCAUCCUAAAAGCAGAAAAGUCAGACAUGACAGUCAAAACACUUCCACCAAUUGUGAAAGUAGAUAAGAUGCAUUUUACUGAGUGUUUGAUGGAGUUGCUGGCUGAAAUGUUUGGAGAAGAUGCAGUAAGUAAAAUUGUUCGAGGUGAGAAAUUGACUGUGAUCGUUAAUAAUAAAAGUGCAGAGGUUAAUGUACGGACUCUUGAGGUGAAAUGUGAAGAAGAUGAAACAUUACAGCAGAUGGUAACAACAGCUGUUAAUAAACUUUAUACUUGUUUAAUACCUCAAAAGAUGACUAUAGAUCAUCUGGCUGAAGCAGCUGAAGUGUAAAAUUUCUCAGCUGAUAUUUUUCUGUAAAAUAUUUUGGAAUUUCUGGUUAAAAGACAUUUGAAAUCACAUUAAUACUGUAUACAAUUUUUUAUAUGAUUUAAUUUUCUAAAAAUUAUUUCUAUUGGAAAAUUGUCUAAAUAUGUUCACACUCAUCACCAAGUAAAAUAACAUGUCCCAUUUUUGUAUUGUCUUGUUUAAAUAUUCA